AUGUCUGCCGCUCAUGGACUUCUCAACAGCGUCUUCUCCUGCUCUUCUCCUGCUUCCAAAGCCAUGACCAAACGGAGGCUACGCCAAACCCGGAGCUUGGACCCUGCUAUCAUAAGAAAUUGUGGCUCCAGGACGGAGGAAGCAAGUGGAGCACCGUCUUCUACAGGUGCGUCUCCGGAGCGCUUGGCCGUGAAACCGGCUUCACGCACCAAGACGUUGCCAGUAAAAGAGCCCGUAACGCCGUCCCUCUCUGCUCCUUCCAUACCUUUGGAUGUUUCUCCAUCCUCCAACUUUCACUUUGACUAUGAUCCAGCGAAGCGUGCCAAAAGGAAUACCGCCGGGGAUUUACCUUUUUUAGUGAGGAGCCCCGUUGUUGCGCAUGCCGGGAGCACCGGCACACUGUUCUCCCCGAGGAGGUGGCUCCAGAGGAAAGUGCAGCCGACCAGCGCUCAUGCUUACGUUGUUUGGAAGUCAGAGGGUGAUUUCACCUGGAGCAGCCUGUCAGGGCGGAGUGUGCGUCUGACGCCGGUUGCCAUCCAGAGCCUAUCAGAGCUGGAGAGGGCCAGGCUGCAGGAAGUGGCCUACAGCCGUUUACACCAGGACUAUGACCUGGGAUGUCAGAUAACCAUGCCAAAAGAUGGACAGAAGAGGAAAAAGUCGCUGAGGAGGAAGUUGGACUCUUUAGCGAAGGAGAAGAGUAAAGACAAAGAAUGCAUCCCCCAGGCCUUCAGCAUACCCCUCUCCCAGGUCAUUGCUAAUGACAGAACGCACAGGCAGCGUCAGGACGGCUAUCGUCAGGAUCCUCCACAGCGUGAGGAACACAAGGAUGCCUCAGACCUCGUCUCAUCCAUUUUACAGUUUGCCACCAAGCGACCGUCCAACAAAGAACUAUCCAGCAGUAACUCCUCACUGAGCUCCACAUCGGAGACAGCCAAUGAGUCCACGUCGCCCAACACGCCUGAGGCUGCACCGCGAGCGCGCAGGAGGGGAGGGAUGUCAGUGGACUCCAUCACAGACCUGGACGACAACCAGUCCCGCCUGCUAGAGGCGCUGCAGCUUUCUUUGCCCGCCGAAACGCCCAGUAAAAAGGAGAAGCACCGGGACAAACGGCUGAGCCUCAACCCAAUCUACCGUCAGGUGCCUCGGGUGGUCGACAGCUGCUGUCAGCAUAUCGAGAAAAACGGUUUGCAGACUGUGGGGAUUUUUCGAGUGGGCAGCUCCAAGAAAAGAGUUCGACAGCUACGUGAGGAGUUUGAUCGUGGUGUCGAGGUCCAGCUGGACGAAGAACACAGCGUUCAUGAUGUGGCUGCUCUGCUGAAGGAGUUCCUCAGGGACAUGCCCGACCCACUGCUCACCAAGGAGCUCUACACUGCCUUUAUAAACACCACAUUGUUAGACUCAGAUGAGCAGCAGGCUGUCACUCAGCUACUGGUCUACCUGCUCCCAGCAUGCAACAGUGACACUCUCCACCGUCUGCUUGAGUUCCUAUCCACCGUGACCAACCACGCCCACGACCGGCAGGACAAAGAAGGACAAGAGAUCACUGGAAACAAGAUGACAUCUUUAAACCUAGCUACCAUCUUUGGCCCCAACCUGCUCCACAAGCAGAAGAGCUCAGACAAGGAGUUCAGCGUCCAGAGCUCAGCCAGGGCCGAGGAGAGCACUGCCGUCAUUGCCGUGCUGCAGAGGAUGAUCGCCAGCUACCAAACCCUCUUCAUGGUGCCACCUGACUUACAAAAUGAGGUUUUGAUGAGCCUGCUGGAGACUGACCCAGAUGUGGUGGACUACCUUCUGAGGAGAAAAGCAUCACAGAGUCCUGACCUGAUGCAGGCAGAAGAGCCAUUCACCCUGAGCGAGCGCCGCUCCUCUAGUGACUCUAACAAAGUGUCCAGUGGUGAGGUGUCACCGUAUGACAACAACUCCCCGGUCCUAAGUGAGAGGAGAGGAGAACCAGAGAGCCCAGGGAGCGAGCAUCUCUUUCGUGUCCCUGAACAGUACGCUCUGGUGGGGCAGGUGGCCGGCUGGAGCAGAGAGCCUGGAGCUGACACCUGGGCUGCUAAAGAGGAGCAUGUUAACAUUUGGGGGACGUGGCACUCUACUCUCAAACCAGCACUCAAAGACCAGCCAUACACAGGUUCCUAUGGUAACAUGUCAGAGGGAAGCUCCCGCAGCUCACAGGAGGGCCUUGACGGACUCCAUGGCGAUGGCAGGCAGCAGCCGACUGCACAACGUACUCAGACGGUGCCCGCCAUCGCUGAGUGCAGACCCCACCCGCCGGUUACCAGAGUGUGCACCAGCCCUCAUGUAGGCAAAGACACAGGGCGACCACGCCUGCAGCUAAACAUCAACGCCCCUGUGACGUCACACCUGAACAGCACACAGGGCCUCCAGCGAGCAAGCGGACUUGGGGUCAACCAUACUUCAAGACCUCAAAGCGAUGCCGUGCUCACCGACGGCCGCUGUCCCCCCCCUUAUAACGCUCAUCAUCGACUGGCUAGUUCACAGAGCUCACCUCAGCUCGCCACGGCUCAGCGGCCCCCUCUGCAGCACGGGCGGCCGAGCACGGCACAGAAUAACUCAGCCUCGACAACAGAGGCACAAAUGGUGCCGCAGAGCCCCGAGUGGCAAGACUGGCAGCGGGACCGGUGGCAAAUCUGGCAACUGCUGUCCUCAGACAAUGCUGACACACUGCCUGAAACACUGGUGUGAGCUUUGACCAUGAACUCCAGUAUCUCAGUAACUAAAGAGAUUCUGCUCUGCUAGCCAAUCAAUGGCAAGAUCAAACCUUUUCCCCUUUGACACUCACACCUAAUCCACACUUUUCAUAUUUUCUCUCAGCUUGCAUUUCAUCUAUUCAUCCAUGGAUUUCUUCCUUUCCUCCCGUACUUCUCCUUCAUCUUAGCGCCUUGGCGUUGUUGUUUACGUGUGCAGCUGCUGCCUUACAAAGACUUUUACAUCCAAGAGCCACUAGUAUUUCUCGUUUUGUACAGAUGUUAAAACAUUGCUUCUGUUCCUAGCCCAUAUGUUUCAUCCAUAAAGAGCUGGGAGUGUUAAAAAAUGUCCACCAGAAAUACCUCAAAAAAACAAAAAAACAAACAAACAAACAAACAAAAAAAAUACAACGUCUCCUUUCACAACGACCAUAUUUUCUAUUCUGGUUUAGUUCAGUCUCCAUAUCUCAAUGGAAAACAAUAGGAAAAAUAUUUGUUUCUUUUCAUUUCACUUUUUUUUAAAAAACAUUUUUAAAUAAAAUGUCUCCAUACACAGACACUAUGAUGUACGCAUUAGUUGCUGCUAAAUUUAGAAUUGUGUGUGUGUACUUCUAAUGUAGUUCAGCCACAGAACUGCAUCUCGAAAAUGAUCAAAUAUAAAUUACUUUUCGAGGACACAUUAUGUUUGACUGUAUAUAUACACAAACGGUUGACAACCAUACAUAAAAAUAUAUAUAUAUAUAUAUAUGUAAAUUGACAUGUAAAGUAUAUAAUUUGCCAAUCUACCUAAAAGUAAGUCAACCCUUUAACAGGCAGUCUAAAUGUUGGUGUUUAUCAGACUGCUGUGAAUGUAAAAUGCUUCACUUAUUAGAUCUAAUUAUAAAGCACGCGGCUGUAAAUUUGCUUAUAUGUGCUCUUUCCACCUGCUGCACUGCAGGACCGAUUGUGCCAAAGUCUCUGUCUUUCUUUUCUUUUUUUACUUCAUGAUAUUUAUCGUGCGGUUGUGUUUCAUUUCAUAGAGUUAUAUCAAAUUGCAAUGUAACAAACAAAGUAUUCAUACAUAAGAUCCAGACACCUCGUUUAAGUAUGUUUCAAGUGUUUUUUUUUUACCCUUUUCAAAUCAUGUCUUAAAGGGCAGAUGUGAAGAAUUUAUUGUCUAUGAAGAACAGUGAUGUACCAUCAUUUGAUUUAGUGAAUGUUUGCUCUCACUACAAAUAUGUGACAUAGAAAAUUUCAUCAAUGUGUUCCUGAGCAAAUUUGAAAACACUUAAAAUGUUUUGAAAAUUGUGUGCAGACCCAUUGCAUGUCUGAGAGGCUUCAAGAAACAUUAAAAUGAUAGGAAUUGUUAUGAUUUUAUAGUGGUCCAAUUGAGGUGCUGAAAAAAGUGUUCUCAUAUUUUUACAUUUUUAUCACUUCAAAUCCAAUAUUUUACUAAUUUGGGUAGAAAUAACCUUUUUGAAUAUGUUAUGUUGUAUUAUCAACACCCACAACAAAGCUGGCUCAAAUGUUACAGUCAAGUGGGUAUUUGAAGGCAAAUAUUUCACAAUUUCUCAAGUUAUGGUGUAAUAUUUGCUCAUCUGAAGCCACUUCAGCAUUAAAUCUGGAGACACACUAGAAAUAAUUUGACAUAUUCUCAUGUUGUCUUUGAUUUGCUUGUGUGUGAUUGAUGGAAGAGAAAGCCUCACAAGUAAAGAAGGAUUGUGGUAAGGUUCUGGCGCCAUCUAUUGUCAGAACAUGUGCAUUAGCAUGUUGCUGCUUCCCACAGUGCAUUGUUUCCAUGGGAUCCAUCUGUGCUCAAUUUAGCAUCAAAGCUUGCGGUUAUAAGCACCUUUUUUGUGAAAAUAUGUAAAUCAGUGUGAGGAAAUAAACGUGCCAUAGGUCUUGCUCUUAAAGGUUGUUUCUCAAGGUUCAUAUUUUGUGAAUUUCUUUGUAUAACUUUGUUUUUUUUCUGUUCUGAGUGUUGUAAUAUAUAAAUACAAUAUAACGAUUUUUAUUCAAGAAGAAAAAAGAAGAAAAAAAAAGAAGAAGAAUCCUAAUGGUCCUAGAUUUGUCUCCCCAAAACAUGAUCAUGUUUGUCUUGUUGACUUCACUAUGAAACUAAGAGAAACUUAGUGCUAUGGUGGUUUUUGUUGAUGUUUUUUGGUGGGGUUUACUGGGUCCAAGUUGUAAUGGAAUAUCUGGUAUUUGCUUUUUGUACUGCGUGUCAUCAAUAUGCUACGA